UCUCACGCCGGCCCCAAAUUUCGAAUCCAGGUAACUGCCAGGCGCUGUGGUUUUGCCAUCCGAGCAACAAUUCGCAAGCUCGGGACACGAUGAAAGUCGCGCUUACCUUCGAGCCGCAAUGGAUGACCCCUGGGGCUCGCCAUGGGCAGAUGAGGCGCCAGGGACAGCUACAAAAUUAGAUGAGGCGAGGCCGAUGCCGAUUGUGAUAGCUACGGAAAAGGAGCUCCCGUUCGACUCGGGGCCAAGAUCGCCUUGGGAUGAUGAUGAGGAUGAUGAACAGUGGUCGGCGAAUCUUGAUAAUGUAGUCCAGUCGCAGCGUACGUCGAUAAUACAGGGUGGGGGUGAGGGCUGGAGCUACCAUCAGAGCAACGGACACGAGCCUCUUGGAGAGGAUAAGGCGGCUGCGACGACGGUCGAAUCGCCCUGGGUCCUGCACUCGCACGAGGCAGAAGAAUCGCUCAAACAAAAUCUACAAGGAAAAAGAGGGGAACAGAGUUUUGACGACCCCUGGGCACAACCAGAUGUUCAAACAGAAGGCGAGUUAUCGCCGAAUUUGACACAACAAGCUUUAGAACCAGCCAAAACCCUCGAUGCGGGCUCAUACCACCCCCACGGGGAGCCUAGUGAGAUUGGAGGUGACGUUUCUCCACAAGAAGAACGCCAGCUUGACUCGUCCGUCGUGGAGUCUCCACAACCCGAAACAUCUCCAUCUCAAGAUAGUAGCAAGAAAGCCCCCGUUAUAGAAUCACCCGGCCAUGAAGAGUCCGAUGCAGGGGAUAACGUCUCUCAGCCUCUUUCCUCAGAGACCCCAGAUAAGGAUGCGCCCCAGUCUUCUCGGCCGUCCUUAUCACUCUCGGAACAUAGCCACCGCCAUGAAACGACCAAUGAUUCUCUACAUACCUCACCUGAUGGAGAAUCACGGCCCAUACCAGUUGAAACUAAGGACACUUCAAAGGUCAAGGAGUUAGUUCAGCUAUUUGAUGGCUUAGCUGUGGAAUCUCCAAGCACCCCCGAUGGUCGCAGCAAUGAAGAUUUGCCUUUAGCUUCAUCAGAGCCGACGCUCGAAGAGCCUUGUCCCGCAGAAACGGAGGACGAUUUUGGCGAUUUUGAAGAUGGCGUCUCCUUUGUCAGUGCUAGUGCAGGUUCUGACGAGCCGGAAGUGUCGACAGAUGCUCCGACUUCAGUGCAGUCGUCGAAAACUCCAGAAAAGCCUAUUAUUUCACGGCCAGAAGAGCGAAGGACUUUCGAACGCGGGUCGAUAAAAUUUGACAUCGACAAGUCUAUCGUGGAUCAGCUCUAUUCGUAUAAAGAGUCAUUACCAGAGUCUACCAAUUAUGGGCCGUCAAAUAUUGACAUCCCGAUAACCGACUCAGUUUUAACCGUCGAGCAGCGAAAGGUGUGGUAUCGAAUCUCUCGAUAUGGGACAAUGCGAAAACACAACUCUGGGGACGAUGAUGCCUAUGUUAGAAUGGGUUGGCAAGAUUCCAAGGUUCGAGAAAAGACACUUGAUAUUGUACACAAAUGGAUGGAGGAGGGUCGCCUAGGUGCUGGCAUGGCCCUUGGUGGAGGGAGGGUCGAGGAUAUGUUCAGCUGGGGUAAACCCGGGCAAGCUCCAAAUACCGAAGCCCUGCAUAUACCGCGCAAAGCGUCGCAAUCGACCAAGGCAAGGCAACCAGCCUUGCAUACUUCACCUCCCCGACAGACUGCACCCGAUGUUAUGCCUGUCCACAAUCGGCAGAAGAGUUCCAUGGGCUCUAUCAAGAGCAUCGUAAGCUCACCAGUGGAACCGAGCCCGCGUUUCAGUUGGAGCACUGCGCAACCUGAAUCUCCAGACCCAGCUACGGCCAUUACCUCGGCAUCCAGCGAUUCUCACCCUAAAAGUUUCCGCCAGGACCCAGUUAUACCUCCUAUUUCUAAGGCUUUUGAAUCGCCCAGCCCAGUGCCCGUUCCUAUAGAGCCAUUGAAACCCAAAGCAGCUGCGCCGCACCCACCAGAGCAGCGGGCGGGAAACAUUCCAAAGGCAAACGACGAUGAUGACGAAUGGGGCGAAAUGGUGGCAUCCCCUACUACCUCAAACUUCCCAGUCAUGUCUAGCUUUCCAUCCUCAAGUCAGGGCAAUGCGCCGCCAAAGACUACACCAGACUUAAGCCAUGUUGGUAUGAGCAACAAUCACGUCGGGAAACACUUCAGGAAUGCCUCACUCGGGAGCCAAGCCAGCGGGUUUACCCCUGCGAAACCGUUUGACAUGGACGAUUUCGUUCCAAAAGCAUCGAAUAGAUCAAGUCUUGGGGAUUUGUCCAAGUUAACGUCUGGCUCGGAAGAUCCCUGGGCAAACGCAGACUUCUCAUUCUUUGAGUCUCCAAGUACCGCGCCACCGGGUGUACCAGCAUCCAAGCCGUUGUCGCAUACCUCUAAGCCAUCUUCAUUUGCAUCGAAACCCAUUCCUGUGGCACCGAAGGCUACACCAGCAUUGAAGAGUACGGAGUCGGCCAAAGCCACCUCGCCACAGAUUCCAUCUGAACCACCUGUCGGCCAGAAGUCCAGGGUGGAAUUAGAGCAGGAUCAGAUCGUCAGGGACAUUAUUAACGGUCUACCGGACCUUUCAUACAUGCUUCGUUAAUGUGGUUGAACGUAAUAAGUGUAAAAGUGGAGCCAAUGGAGGACCUAUACCAGUAGGUUUGACGCCCGGGUUAUUUGUACUGGCCAACGGGGAUAUAUGGCGUUUCAAAUGAACAUAUGUAAUAUACCACCAAACCAAUCUACAUAAAUUGAAUAUAACAAAUAACAAACU